AUGGUUCGAUUAACACCGGAUAGUCUUAGUCAAAAGAUUGCUUUCACUGCAGUCGCUUUUGGUACAAUAGCAUUAGUACUUGCAUGUGUUGGUAUGGGGACACCGAACUGGUAUAUUCAAUAUGGUCCAAAACUAAGUGGUACCGGUUACUAUAAAAUAUCAUCGGUCAACUUUUUCUAUUCAUGUAAUUGGAUGAACGAUGGUACAUUGAUUAAUUGUACAAAACGUAAUGGUAAUCUUUAUGGUUAUCCUUAUUCUUCGGGAGCUUUAUGGAUGAAUGAUUUUUAUCAACGUAUGCAGAAUGCUGGUGCAUUAUGUAUUGUUGGUAUUAUUUUUAUUGCAUUUGGUACUUUAGCUACACUAAUUAUGGCACUUGUUUACUUUCCAACAUGGGUUAAUCUUUUUCCACCUAUAUUAUUUUUUAUUGCUUGUCUCUUUAUGCUUGCUGGUAUGGCUGAAGGAUCUCGUUAUCUUCUUUACAAUGGUUAUUCCGUUAAUCUUUAUCAAACUGGUCAUUUACUUACAAUGUUUGCUCUCUUUUUGAGUGCUCUUUCUGCUGGUCGUAUUCAUUUCUCACGAUGGACUGAAGCCGAUAUAAACACAACACCAAAAUAA